AUGCAAUCAGCAAUUUCCCGACCCAUUCUCCGUGUCACUACCAAUCCAACUCUUCUCCGAUCCCUCUCUAUCACCCCGAGCAUCAUGAGUGCAGGCGAUACCGGUGCUACCAAGUCGGAGUUCAUGGGCCAGAAGGACUCUUUCGCCAGACGCGAGGCUGCACACGAAGCCAUGUACAUUCGACAAGUUGAGAUGGAGAAACUUGAGAAUCUCAAACGAAAGGUCGAGGAGCAGCGCAAGCAUAUGAAUGAACUUGACAAACAUAUCGAUGAGUAUACUAGGUCCCAGGGAGGUGAACAGAACUAG